AUGUGCCUUGUCGAACCUAUCGCCUGCAAGAUUCAUGGCGCAAGAAUUUGCGCCCACACUCUCUGCGAAAAUAUAAGAGACCCUCUCGGCUGCACCGACGCAAUCUUUAACCGCGACAUUGCAGCUAAGAACUCCGAAUUCAAUAUUAUCCAGCGCGCUGCUCAAGAGGUCAUGUCUCUGGUCCCGGCGGUCUUGGAUCUGCGCGAGCGAGCAUCAACGGCAUGUGAAUCUUUGCUGCAGAUACUGUCUCAAGGGAAGGAGUCCCAGCUGGCACAGACGCUAGCACGAGAGGGGCUGUUCAAGAUGCUUCGAAGCUUGGAAUUUGUCCACAACGAGCAGGAGGUGAUAUUGCAGAAUUACGCCAUGAUGCUGGAGGGGCUGAGGUUGGUGCUGCAGAAGCUCAGAUUGAAGCGCCAAAGGGUUAUCACAAUGUUGAGGAUCCUUGUGCAAAGAGCACUCGCUGCUAGCACUAGACAAGGGCGGUCUGUUGCUUGCAGAUGCAAGGCCCACAAGCUAAGGAAGCUUUAA